AAAAAUGCAAUGAUCCAAUCGCUUCCACUUCAGGUAUGGCUCUGUUCCUAAAGAACGUGGCUUUCCAUGGGAUCCUGCUUGAUGCUUUGUUUGAAGAAGGGAACAGGGAAUGGGAAGAGGUGUCUGAUCUGCUGAAGAAGGGAAUCUCCAGUGGAGUUGUUCAGCCGUUGCGUACCACAGUCUUUGAGAGAAACCAAGUGGAGGAAGCUUUCCGCUACAUGGCUCAAGGCAAACACAUCGGAAAAGUGCUGCUACAGGUGCGUUCAGAGGAGUCAAGCAGCUCUGGUCCUGCAGUGUCUGCUCUCUCUAUCCCUGCAAUCUGCCGAACUUUCUGUCCCGCUUCUCUAUCGUACAUCAUCACUGGAGGCCUGGGUGGCUUCGGGCUGGAACUGGCCCAGUGGCUCACAGAGAGAGGAGCUCGUAAACUGGUGCUGACGUCACGGUCUGGCAUCCGCAACGGUUAUCAGGCCAAGCGUGUUCGUGAGUGGCAGGCCAUGGGCAUCCAGGUCCUCGUGUCCACCAGUGAUGUCAGCACCCUGGAUGGCACAGAACGGCUCAUCACUGAGGCCUGCCGCUUGGGUCCAGUUGGCGGCAUCUUCCACCUGGCCAUGGUCCUUAAAGAUGGUAUGCUGGAGAAUCUGACCCCACAGGAGUUCAUUGAAGUCAACAGACCGAAAUAUGAUGGAACCAUCAAUCUCGACAGUGUGACUAGGCAGAAGUGCCCGCAGCUCCAGCAGUUUGUGGUGUUUUCCUCUGUCAGCUGUGGUCGUGGUAAUGCCGGCCAAAGCAACUACGGCUUCGCCAACUCCACCAUGGAGCGAAUCUGUGAACAGCGCCGUCAAGAAAACCUGCCAGGCCUGGCCGUACAAUGGGGUGCCAUUGGAGACGUGGGUGUCGUUUUGGAGACCAUGGGUGGCAACGAUGCUGUGAUAGGUGGCACGCUGCCCCAGCGCAUGUCUUCCUGUUUGGAAGUGCUGGAUCGCUUCUUGUGCCAGCAAAGGCCUGUGAUGUCCAGCUUCGUGUUGGCAGAGAAAGUGGUGGUCACUAAAGGAGAAGGAAGUGGACAGAAGGACCUGGUGGAGGCUGUGGCUCAUAUUCUGGGUGUGCGUGACGUGAACAGUCUGAAUGCUGACGCCUCAUUGGCUGAUCUGGGUCUGGAUUCACUGAUGGGUGUUGAGGUCCGGCAGACGCUGGAGAGGGACUACGAUAUCGUGAUGGCAAUGAGGGAAAUCCGACAGUUGACCAUAAACAAGCUGCGGGAGCUUUCCAAGCAAUCAGGAGGGAAAGAGGAGUCUCCUGUAAAGCGUUCUGGUGCUCAGGCUCUGUUGGAGUCAGAUCUGAGCCGGAUGCUGGUGAACCCAGAUGGCCCCACGAUGGCCCCGCUGAACGAGGUCCAGAGUGCAGAGAGGCCUUUGUUCCUGGUUCACCCCAUUGAGGGCUCCAUCGCCGCCUUCCGCACCCUCACUGCCAAGCUGAGUGUGCCGUGCUAUGGACUGCAGUGCACUAAAGCUGCUCCUCUUGACAGUAUCCAGAGUCUUGCUGCGUACUAUGUGGAGUGUGUGAGGCAGGUUCAGCUGGAGGGCCCAUACCGCAUCGCUGGAUACUCGUUCGGGGCGUGUGUGGCGUUUGAGAUGUGCUCACAGCUGCAGUUGGCCAAAUGCCCCGUGGAAUAUCUGUUCCUGUUCGAUGGCUCGCACUCUUAUGUGGCAGCAUAUACACAGAGUUACAGAGCCAAACUGACUCCUGGCAAAGAGUCUGAAGCUGAGACUGAAGCUCUGUGUGCUUUCAUCCAACAGUUCACCGGCAUUGAGUAUAACAAGCUGUUGGAGACGUUGCUGCCUCUGUCAGACCUCGAGGCUCGUGUGGACAAGGCUGUUGAUCUGAUCACAUCCAGCCAUAAGAACGUCAGCCGAGAUAUGCUCCAUUUUGCUGCUUCUACAUUUUACCACAAACUCAAGGCUGCCGACCGCUACGUUCCCACUUCCAAAUAUCACGGCAAUGUCACCCUACUGAGAGCCAAGGCCAGCAGCGAGUACGGAGAUGGAUUGGGAUCAGACUACAAACUGCACGAGGUGUGUGACGGGAAGGUGUCAGUUCAUGUGAUCGAAGGCGACCACCGGACCUUCCUGGAGGGUGAAGGUGUUGAGUCUAUUUCCAGCAUCAUCCACAGCUCACUGUCUGAACCCAGAGUCAGCACACGAGAGGGCUAAACCUUCGCAUAAAACCUCUUUUACUGUAUUUCUGUAUUUCUUCACCAUAUUUCCGUAGCUUUCACCUUUCACAAUGCACUGUCGUUGCAUGUUUAACCAUUCCCAAUCUCUUUAUAACUCUCACCCACAAAAUAGCCUUAUAAAACGUCUUUUUUCAAUAUCUUGGAUGCUUAGCACACUUUAUUCCUCACUUAAAGGUUUAUAUUCCAUGCUGGGAACAAAAACACAUCUGUUUGUUUGCUUUUUGUGCGAUAGUUCACCCAAAAAUGACAUCUUUAAGAUGACAUAUUUUCAAAAAAUGUAAGAUAUUGUAUAGAAUUGACUACCACAGUAUUUGUUUUCCAACUAUGGAUACCAAUAGCUUACAUUCUUUAAAAUAUCUUCUUUUGUUUUGACUAAAUAGUGAGUAAAGUUAAUUUUUGGGUGAAUUGUCCCUAUAUAAACUUAAUCCAUUCUAUAAAUCUACUGUGAAAUCUUUAAACUCCACAGAUUUCUGGCAUGUGGGUGAAUUGAAUGCCAUCACUGACUCUUGUCUAACCUCUGAAAGUCUGCUAAAGGUUCUAUGUGUUCAUCUACAUUCAGUUUUCUUCCAUUCCAACCUAAUGAUGCGGACUGCAAUUCAAGGCUUUACUGUAUACAAGUCCACAUGUUAGCUGUUGGAAAUCUAGUUACGCAAAUGGCUGAGAUUGCUGUUUACCAAUGUUUGAGCAGUUACUGAUGCUUCUGCAGUACUAGUUGAUACUAGCUUCACUUGUUUACUGUAAUAUAGCGGUUUGGCUUGUUUUUGAAUGAUAUUCGCCAGGUUCUCUUGAUGUUGAGCAUCUAAAAAAAAUGGUGCGUUUAAAGAGAAAGUAUAUAUGAAAAUAUUCUUGGAUGGAAUAAGCGUUAAAAGGGAUAGUUCACCAAAAAAUGAAAAUUCUGCCAUCAUUCACUCUAUACCUGUUUGAUUGUCUGUCUUUUGUUCAACACAAAUUCUUUUUGUUCCUAUUAUGGAAGUCAACACUCUUCAGAAUAUCUUUUGUGUUCAACUGAAGGAAGAAAUUCAUAGAAGUGUACAACCACUCGAGCGUAAGUAAAUGCUGAGGACAUUUUUAUUUUUAAGUGAACUGGCCCUUUAAGAGAGCUGGCUUAUUGACUUCUUGUUAAUGUUUACGUUUAAGUUAUGGGUUCAUUCUGGAAUGUUGUUACUUUAAAAGGAUCUGGUAUCUAUGGAAGCUUGUUCCCGCCACUGAAUAAAAUAAAUAAACAAAUCAAUACAAUGUAAAAAAAAUUAUAAAGUCAGAAUUGUGAAUUUAUAACUCGAAAUUCUGACUUAACUUGAAUUUCUGACUUAAUAACUCGGAAUUCUGACUUAACUCAGAAUUGCAACUUUAUAAAUCAAAAAUGCGACUUUAUAAUUUGGAAGUCUGACUUUAUAACUCAGAAUUCUGACUUAAUAACUUGCAAUCCUGACUUGAUAACCUGAAAUUCUGACUUAACUAGGAAUUGUGACUUUAUAAAUCAGAAUUCUGACUUAAUAACUUGCAAUCCUGACUUGAUAACCUGAAAUUCUGACUUAACUAGGAAUUGUGACUUUAUAAAUCAGAAUUCUGACUUAAUAACCUGCAAUUCUGACUUAAAAACUCAUAAUUCAGACUUAACUCAGAAUUGCGACUUUAUAAUUCGGAAUUCUGACUUUAUAACUCAGAAUUCUGAUUUUUUUUAAAUGUAUUCAGUGUGGGAACAGGCUUCCAUAGUUCCAUAGUCACUGUUGCACAGGCUAAAAGCAAUUAAAGCACUAAUGUGAAAUGCUUGGCAAUCCCCAGUGAAACGUUAGCUUUGCUACUUAACCCUUGACCAAUAACUGGAGUAUUAAUCUUCUGUUGAUGUUUCUCGUCUUCUUUUUGAGGAUCGUACCAACAUUCCUUCUUCCUGCUGUAUAUGUUCUGGUAUUAAUUGGCUGCUUGAAUAUUUCAUACAGUAAGUUGUAGCAAAUUCUUCUGUAAGUUCAUAGCGCAAAAUCACUUGUUUUAUCUUAAAUCUUGUCAGAAUGAAGUGUCGUUUGGUGUAGGAGUGCACUAUGGGACGUACGAGUAAUUUCCUAACAGUGACACGAUUAUUGACUAUUCUGUCACAGCAGGAAAAUAUCCCUUUUUUAGAAAGCAAAUCACUUUAUUUCUGAGACUAAUUCUCGAAGUCGGUGACGAACUGUGAUUUCUUUCAAUGUUUAGAGCAAAGCUGAAAGAGCUAGAGUUCAUUUUUUCUAUUUUUUGGUGUUAUUUUCCCUGUAUUUAUUGUACUAGUUCAAAUAAACAAAGUUAUUACUAACAUAUACA